AUUUUCUUCUUCUUCUUGGAAACAGAGAGAGAGUCUCUUCAAGUUAUACAUACAUACAUACAUAUAUCAUUUCACAGAGAUAUCAAGAGAGAAGGUAUUACUAUUAAUUAUGAGGAAAGGGGAAUAGAUAUAUUUAAUCUAAGAUGAAGUUCUGCAAGAAAUAUGAGGAAUACAUGAAGGCACAGGGGAAGAAGAAAUUGCCUGGGGUUGGUUUCAAGAAACUCAAGAAAAUCUUGAAAAGAUGCACAAAACAGCCUCAUCAUUUAGAUGCUGCUCUUCUUACUGAUCUCAAUCUCAACAAUCAUACUUGCCCACAGCAUUGCUCAGUUUGUGAUGGCACAUUCUUCCCUUCCCUUCUUGAGGAAAUGUCUGCAGUAGUCGGAUUCUUCAACGCUAGAGCGCGGAGAUUGCUGCAGAUGCACCUCUCAUCUGGCUUGAGCAGGUGUGCCAUCUGGUUCAAAGCCAAGCUCAAAGGGAAUCACAUCAAGCUCACUCAAGAGGGCCGCGACUUGGUCACCUACGCCAUCAUCAACGCCAUUGCAAUGCGCAAAAUACUCAAGAAAUACGACAAGAUUCACUACUCCAAGCAAGGCCAAGCUUUCAAGUCACAAGCACAUAGCAAGCACAUCGAGAUCCUCCAGUCGCCAUGGCUCUGUGAGCUCAUGGCUUUCCAUAUAAACCUCAGAGCGUCGAAUUCUACCAGCUCAAGAAACUCCACUGCACUGUUCGAGGGAUGCUCCCUCAUGCUGAACGACGGGAAGCCCUCUUUGUGCUGCGAGCUCUUUGAUUCGGUUAAGCUUGAUAUCGACUUGACCUGUGCCAUAUGCUUAGAGACGUUGUUUGACCCUGUCUCUCUUGCCUGCGGUCACAUGUUCUGUUACAUUUGCGCGUGCAAAGCUGCUUCAGUGAGCGUCGUGGAUGGUCUCAAGGCAGCUAGCCAUGAUCAGAAAUGUGCAAUAUGUCGCGAGGACCGAGUAUACGAAGCUCCAGUGCGUUUGGAAGAGCUGCAUAUUCUAUUGAGGAAAAGCAGUUGCCCGGAAUAUUGGGCAGAACGACGUAAAGCAGAAAAACGAGAGAGAGUUAAGCAGACGAAGGAGCAUUGGGAGUCCCAGUGCCGCCUAUUCACAGGGAUAUGAGCUGAGCUUAAUGGAAUAGUUCUAUUUUCACAUCCACCUUUUGUGAUCUUGUCUUAAUAUGUAUAAACCAAUCUAGUUCAACCAAAUGGAUGAUUGUUGACUCAAUUAGCAUUUCCUGAAGUUACAAUGAAUUAAUAAUAGUAUCUCUGAAUUCAAACAUAA